UCAAACUUCCCGACCCUGUAAAAUGCGCUUUUAAUUUAGGGUUACAUUUUGUGCUACCGCUACUCAUUACGCUGAAACACGCGGAAAGAGCUGGAAGCCACUGCUAACAGCCAACGGCGGGCAAUGGCAGUUGAGGUACAAACACAAGCGCACCCCCACCCGCUGCGGGCCUGCGCAUGCGCUCUUGCGCUGCCUGCCUCCUUUCCCGCCUUUUUCAGGCUAUCGGGAUCUUUGCAGGCAGAGAGAAAUAAGGAGGAAGAAAAUUUCAUUAUGGCACCAUCAGGAAGAAAGCAUUCAGGAAAAGCUGCUAAAGCAGCACAGGAAGAGCAAGCCAGAUCUGCCUAUGACUUUCAAGAGGAAAGAAAAGACCUGAGCGGAUCAGAGGAAGAUAUUAGAGAAGGUGAAACACCAGUAAUGGACAAGCAUGGCAAGAAAAGACCUAUGGUGACUACUCAUGUGGUUCCAGAUGAUGUGGGGGGUGAAGUACAGAAUAUGCUGGAAAGAUUUGGAGCUGACAUUAACAAAGCUCUCUUAGCCAAGAGGAAAAGAUUAGAAAUGUAUACAAAAGCCUCACUCAAAACCAGUAACCAGAAGAUUGAACAUGUUUGGAAAACACAGCAGGAGCAGAGGCAGAAGCUCAAUCAUGAGUUCUCCCAGCAGUUCCUGACUGUAUUUCAGCAGUGGGAUGCAGAUGUGCAGAAAGCAGAGGAACAGGAAGAAAAACUAGCGAAUAUGUUUCGUCAGCAACAAAAAGUUUUUCAACAGGCAAGAAUAGUUCAAAGUCAGAGACUGAAAACUAUUAAGCAACUAUAUGAGCAAUUUUUAAAGAGCAUGGAAGAGCUAGAGAAAAACAAUGAAACUCUUCUAGCUGGUGCACAAAAUGAACUUCGCAAAGAAAUGGCUAUGCUACAGAAGAAGAUUAUGAUGGACACUCAACAGCAGGAGAUGGCAACUGUUCGCAAGUCUCUUCAGUCCAUGUUAUUCUGAUGGUUCAAUGGAGAAACAACUUGUACCUAAGUAAUACGAUACAAGUAUAGGCGUUAGCCAUAAAGAAGUUAUCUUAAGAUUUAAGUGUUUUAAAGUUCCUAUUAAAUACUUUUAUGGAUUGUUCUAAUCUUGUGUCUGAUAAUGUUGUAAGAAGGUAUAUUAGUAAAUUUGUUACUAAGGGAAACAAACCCUUAACCAAUUAUGGUCUGCCCAAUUAAUAUUCACUUUCAUUAGCAGUGGACUGUUCGAUUGUUUCACUUUUUAUAAUGCUUAAUUGAAACAAUAGGUAGAAUUAAUGGAAAAAAAAAUAAGAAGAUUUGUAUAGUAACUUAACAAAUCUGGGUACACUGCAAAUAGAAGCCUUUUACAAAAGCCACAGCUUCAAGACUUUCACAGUUUCAACACAUAGCCUCCAGACCUGUCAGCAGUUAAAGUUCAUAGAUUAUGAAAAGUGGUUUAAUGAUGUAUGUUAUGGUAAAUGAAACAUGAGGCUUUCUGUCAGGCCAUUGUGAUUUCUUUUUACCAAUAAGAGAUGUAUCAACUGCUGUAACUUGUCCAAAAAGCAGAUUUCUUUAAUUGAACAAUGAGCUUAGUACCACAGCUUUACAGGACAUCUGCUCAAGUAAGCAUAACUGAAUAUUACUGCAUGCAUUUUGGGUUAUAUAUUUUUGCACACCUCUGCUGAGGUAAUCUAGCUCACUUACUUGAAAUGGAAUAUUAAUUUUUCAGUUUCAAAUGAUUAGCAUUUCAGGGAGGUCCGACUUAAGAAUAAAGCACUUUUCAUUUAUGCAUCUCAUUACAGCCAAUGAUUAUAAAUUAAAACAGCCAGCCUAGCUUGCAUGUAGUCUGUUUUUACAGAAAGUCAUUAUGCUUGAACAUCCACUUCUACAAAUUAGGUAGUUCCUAAAAUACGUGUUAAGUUUCAUAUAAGAGUAGAUAACACAAAAACCACUCACACAAGCAGAUCUGAUUACUUCAAAACAAUAUAUUUCAAAACCAGACCAUACAACUUCUUACCUGUACCUUACUAGGAUAUUUAGUUUAGAACCAACAUAUCUGAUGACUGCUCAUCAGUGCCAGGAGCCAGAUUAGUGAUAGCUAAUUUACAGAAAAUUCAGUUUGUAGACUGCAACUGAAAUUGAGCAAGUAGCCUGUAUGGAGCUGUCUUGUUUUGUGUCAGAUGGCACUCGGGACAGAGCAAACACAGAAAUUACAUUGCUAGAAUGACGCAUGAGGUAGUAUGGGUCCAUGGUGAGUAUCAGAUAACUAGCAAUGCUAAUUUUAGCUGUGUGUUCAAUCUCUGCCCUUUAAAGAUAAUUAGAUGAUGCUAUGCAAUACAGUUAGUUUUGCUUCCACUCUUCCAUACUGGGUUACUUGUUGCCAUUACCUCUUUGUUUCUGGCUUUCCAACUGACUUCUGCAUUCAUUUUCUACCAUUUCCUUACCUCUACCAUAACUUUAUAACUAUCUAUACCUAGUACUAUACUACAUUUUUGAGGUCUUGGGAACAUGUUGCACAGUAUUUUCUGUCCUAUAUCUCAGACAGGCUUUCUGAAUUCAGCAGCUAGGAAGCUGCAGUGUAAUAUUUUUGCAACAAAUAAUAACAUUCUUUAUUGUACAAUUCAGUAACAUCUUUAUGAACUUAAAGCUCAGCUACAUGGCAGCAAGUAAAAGUGACAUGUACAUUCAGCAGCUUCUCACAAAAAUAAUAUUAAUGUAUUACCUCUUUAAAGGAGCUUGAGCAUUUAGGUUUUGCGUGCAAGUUGUAAUUUGCUAGUACAGACAAUAAGCUACUUUAAUUCAUCUUUUCACUAAUGAAAAGAAAAAAGGCUGAUAUUAGGACUGACCUAUUUCGUAGAGCUUUACUAUACAUCAGGUUUUAGUUCCUUAUAGCUUUGUUUGGAUAAAGUACAGUAACAAGAUAAAUUAGAUUACAAUGGAAA